AUGGGCUUUUUUGCCUCCUUCAACAAUUUCCUCGUCUUCGCCACCUACCUCUACCAGGAUUUCCAGGGCCUCUCCACCCUCCAAACCACCCUCCGCUUCCUCCCCACCGGCGUUGUCGGCGCCCUCGUCGCCCUCGCCGUCGCUCUUACCCUCCACCGCGUCCCCACCCAGCACAUGCUCCUCUUCGGCACCGCCUGCGUCUCCCUCGCCUCCCUCCUCUUCGCCCUCCCCAUCCCCCCGCACUUCUUACUUCGCCUACGGCCUCCCGCCAUGGCCCUCUCCGCCCUCGCCCCGCACGACCAGGCUCUCGGCGCCGCCCUCCUCAACGCCGUCGGUCAGGUCGGCCGCGCCAUCGGCCUCGCCCUCGCCACGACCGUGCAGGCGGCCGUCGUCGCCCGCGAGCGCGGUGUUCCUAUUCGCGAGGCCGGCGAUAUCCUCCCCUGGGACCACGCUUCCCUCCUCGGCCUCCGCGCCGCCAACUGGACGACCUUCUCCCUCGGCGUCUGUUCCUUCCUCGUCGUCGCCGUCGCUUUUCGAAAUACUGGCAUCGUCGGGAAGGCCCCGUCGCCUCCGGCAGCGGAACCCGUCAAUCCACCCCGUCCUUCCUCCCGGGCUUGCACAGAACCAUCAGCCUGA